AUGUGGGCGAUUCUCCUUCCAAUUCUCCUUCUCCAGCUGCUUAACGCCCCCACGGUUCAUGCUGGCCAUCCUGAGUGGGAGCAUGCUCGAUUUAUGCUCCCCAAUUGGGUCUCAGUCAAGCCAGUAGAGCCCUGGUCCCGCCUCUGGCCCGACAAGACCAUCAAGCUGUGCUACGAAAGCGAGGCAACCUGGAGGAAAUAUCAUAAUUACUACCGCAGUGCGAUGAGAUUAUGGUAUGCGUCAGGGCUGCCUGAGGAUUUCAAAGUGAGGGAGGUUGGCCGAGAUGCAUGCCAGAACACGCCACAUGAACAGUUGAUGGUCAUCGACACCCCCGAACUGUUCGCCACGGACAUUGGCUUCCCCUCUAACGACUAUCUAAACCCGUCCAAUCAUCCGAGUCCUAAUAAGCCUGCAAUGUAUGUAUGCUUGUAUCACAGGGACACAGAGGAGUUCCGGGUCACUACUUUUGCUCAUGAGCUCGCACAUUCAUUUGGGAUGUAUCACGAGCACCAGAACCCUUAUUAUUGGUUGUAUGGGAGCCAAGUGUUCACCUUUCACUGCAACCAAAUGAAGAAUUUUGAAGAAUUGACCAAUGGGAUGUCACAGGACCGGAUCUGGGGAGUUGAUGGCGUCUGCAGGAGCUUUACGCAGGCCCGAAACAUUGGGUUUCCAAGUAUCGAUUGGCUUCCUGUGCCGUUUGAUGAGAUCAUGUCUCCCCAUGGGUCUUGGGCGAACAAAGCCAGCGUUGAUUUCGACUCUAUCAUGCUUUACGGUUCUCACAAUGGUGGGGAGACUGAAUUUUCUGUGACUCUUUCCUUGUCGGAUGGGACACUCUUUGAUGAGCCAGAAGCCCCCAGUGUUGACGAUGUAAUGGGCUUAAAGCUUCUCUAUAACACUGUGUAUGGGACACCAGUGAGGAUCCUGUUCAACGAUCCCAGAAGCCCUAACUAUUCGACAUUCAGAACAUACGCCGGCUGUUUUACCUAG